UGAAGAAUCUCAGCUCCCUGGCCGGCCUCCCUCUCUCUAUCUCUCUUCCCCGGUGUCUUUACCCUCUCUGUCCUCCCCACCAAUCGGAAAACAUCCAUCAGUCCCACUGAGGACUACCCCGGCGAUGGCUCUGCAACUUUGGGAGACGCUAAAGGAGGCGAUCAUUACUUACACGGGCUUGUCUCCGGCGACUUUCUUGGCGGUCCUCGCCCUGGGCCUGGCUGUCUACUACGCCGUGACCGGGCUUUUCGGGCCCUCCGAUCAUCACCCGAGGUCUCGGGAUUACGGAGAGGAGACGCAGCCGCUACCUCCUCCGGUUCAGCUCGGCGAGGUCACCGAGGAGGAGCUGAAACAGUACGACGGCACCGAUCCUAAGAAGCCUCUCCUCAUGGCCAUCAAGGGACAGAUCUACGACGUCUCUCAGAGCAGGAUGUUCUACGGACCUGGAGGGCCAUAUGCCCUGUUCGCUGGGAAGGACGCGAGCAGAGCUCUUGCGAAGAUGUCGUUUGAGGAGAAAGAUCUCACCGGGGACAUAUCUGGUCUGGGUCCAUUUGAGCUCGACGCACUGCAGGACUGGGAAUACAAGUUCAUGAGCAAGUAUGUUAAGGUCGGAACUAUCAAGAAGCCUGUUCCAGUAACUGAGGAAGGGUCUUCUGCUAGCGAACCAGCACCCGCUGCUGAUAAGACCGAGGAGAAGUCAUCUGCUGAAUGAAAGCUGUAGUUCUGGGUGCUGAUAAGACCGAGGGGAGGUCAUGUGCUGAAUGAAGCUGUAGUUCUCUUGUAUUUCUGUAGUGCUGUCACCGUGUCAAAGAUCACGCUCGAUAUGUGAUAAGUAUGUUUACAAAUAACUUUCAGGAAACACAGUCCCCAUUGGAGAUGAAUAACUGAAGGAGAAAAAUAAGCUGCGACGAGUAGCCCGAUGCGAUGAUCCAUUGUGUUGAAAAACUGAAAUCAGAAUCUCAUCAAUUAUUCUCCCCCGAGA